GCGGUAUGGAUUUUUUAAAUUUUUCAUUCAUUAUUUUCACGUGAUGUUGUUUACCUUUUUAUCAAUAGCAAUCAACCCACCUUAACAGUAUCAGUAAUCCCACUAGUAUUACAACCAUUAAGUAUAUAACAGUAUGGCUCGUAAAUCAGUAGACUUUCUGCACUCGUUGUUGAAGUUCCAAGCCAAUGGCAAUUCCAAUUCCAAUUCCAAUUCCAAUGGAGGCCCAAGAACUUCAAAGUCUCGAUUAUCAUUGAAUGUGAGUGGCGCCAAAUUAUCUACAACAACAACAGCUACAACUACAGGUACAAAGCCUACAACUAAAUCAAUUGAAGUAUAUCAAGAUAAAGAUUUAGAUAAAGAAAAAGACAAAUACAAACACAAACACAAAGACAAAGAUGAAAUACCAAUACAUGAUACUAUCAAUGAAGUGGAGAUUCUCAAAACCAAAUAUUCAAUUCAAACUCAAUCCUUAACUAAAGCUAAUAACGUACUUUCUAAGAAGAUAACUGAAAUGGAAGGUAAGAUUAGUGAAUUAAUGAAUGAAAAUAUGACACUCUGUAAGAAUCAAAAUAGUCAAGAGAUUGAAGUUAAGAAAGUAUUGGAUAGAAAAUUGAUGCAAGUAGAGAAUCAAUUGAUUGAUAAGUUUGAUGAAAUAUUUAAAAUAUUAAAGGCAUUCCGAGAAUCUGAACAACUAGAUAUUCAUCCGAUGACUUCCACACCUGAAAGAAGGGGACCAUAUCAAUCAUUGUUGGAUAUACACAUGCCAAUAUUACGUCCUGAAGAAACUAAUAAUGAUGUAGUAGAUAAAGAUCCAGAAAGACGUAAAGAUAUUUCAACUAUAGUAGAGGAUCAUGAACUGUCAGAAGUUGAUAUAAUACAAGUAGAACAAGCAGAACAAGUACAACAACCGUCUACAGAAUCGCAAUCAGUUCCACAACCACAACCAAAUCAAAACACAGAACCACAUCAACAAACAGAUGCAGCAUCACAACCACAGCCACAACAAGAAUUUGAAAAGAAAGAGGAUCUACAAACAAAGAACGAGAUACGUAGAAGAUCAAGUCGAAGCAGGGGUGAAGUCAACUACAAACCUCUUCUGUUGCGUGGUAAGAUGAGAAGAGAAUCAACCCAUUUCGUUGAUGCAGUUGAUGAGAAUGCAUUUAUUAACUAUACAGUUCCAGCUAAGAAAUCUGAAAAUUCAAGAAAACGUCAAACUUUAGGAAAUUCCGAACUGGGGAUUUCUAAAAGACGUCCAUUAAAUAAUAUAACCCAUACAUCAAAUACCAAUAUUGAUGUAACCAGUAACAAAGACAAUUUAUCAGUAUUUGAUUUUCCUACAACACAAUCUACAUAUGUUGGAAAACGAUCCAAGAACAAAAGGAGAUAUACAACUUUCACACAAUAACAUUACCAAUUAAUAAAAAUUUAUUUA